AUGCCUCUACCUAGCUCAGGAACGUAUCCCCUCUCGCAUAAAGAUGUUGUCAGCUUCACUCUUGACGAACCUUCUUAUGACAACAACAGACCCGUUCUGAUUGACCCAUCGGACACUUCUAACUAUUAUACCCACGCCUCAGCACGCAAAUUGGUCCGACAGCUCAUUGCGGGCUUGCGGGCUGCAGGUCUCCGACAUGGCGAUGCAGUUUGCGUACACAGCUUCAAUUCGAUUACAUAUCCACUCCUGGUCCUGGCCAUCAUAGGCGCCGGAGGUCUAAGCGUUGGCACCAACCCAUCCUAUACGCGUCAUGAGUUGUCCCAUGCUAUCAAAGUCGCUAACGUCAAGUUCGUCUUCGCGGAGCCGGAGAUCAUGGACAACAUGUUGAUCGCGCUCAAGGACAAUGGAGUCGAUGUAGGUCAGCGGUUCUUCGUUUUCGAUGCUGUUCCAGGACAGCAAGUGCCAUCUGACAAGGCCUUGAAAUCGUGGCGCGGCUUGCUAGACCACGGAGAAGCGGACUGGAUUCGUUUCGACGAUGCGCAGACCGCGAAAGACACCGUGGCACAGCUAUACUACACGUCUGGGACCACGGGUCUGCCCAAAUGCGCCCAGACCACGCACCAGAACCUCGUGGCUGAACACCAACUGUUUUACGAAGCACAUCCGAGAAGUUACAGGUAUCGGGUGAUCUUAUGUAUGCCAUUCUUCCACGUCGGUAUACUUCCACAGGUGCUGGUCAGUGCACUGAAAGAGGGCAGAGAAGCAUAUGUGAUGCGACGUUUCGAGCUCGAAAGUUUUUUGCGGUACACAAGCCGCUAUCAGAUCACAGAAUACUUCAUGGUCCCACCAAUGGUCGUGAGUAUCGUCAUGUCAGGCUUAGCUGACGAGAACUCGAAGACCUACAAGCCUGAAUUCAGCAUGAGAUCAGUUCGGAAUGGCACAGUUGGAGCUGCACCUCUUGACGGCGCUACACAAAAACGUUUCCAGGCACUCCUUGCCCCUGGUGCUACGUUUGGUCAAGUUUGGGGCAUGACUGAGACAACUUCCAUGGCCGCUAUCGUGCCGUGGGAUGUGUCGCGGAAGCAGUCCGCUGGUGAGAUGGACGAGGCGUGGUUGAUCGACGAGGCUGGCAUUGACGUGACAGCUAGUGGACGAGGCGAGCUUGCGGUUAAAGGUCCUACAAUCGUCAAGGGCUACUACCAGAAUGAGAAGGCAACCAGGGAGAGUUGGACCGAAGACGGAUUUUUCAAGACAGGCGAUGUCCUCCGGUACGAUCACAAGACACGACUUCUCUAUGUUCUCGAACGCGUGAAGGAGCUCAUCAAAGUUCGCGGUUUUCAGGUCGCGCCAGCAGAGUUGGAAGGCGUGCUCCUGGAACAUAGAGACAUCACAGACGCCGCUGUAAUAGGGAAGAAGGUGGAUGAUAAUGUGGAACUGCCGAAAGCAUUCGUUGUUCGGAGACCUGGGUCAACUUUGAACGAGUCAGAGAUACAUGCGCAUAUGAAGGAGAGGCUCGCUCGAUACAAGCAACUAGAAGGAGGAAUCUCGUUCUGUGAGAGCAUCCCUAAGCUACCGUCUGGCAAGAUUCUCAAACGAGUCCUGCGCGAGGCGGAGAAGGGGGGCCGUAGCAUCAAGUUGUAG